AUGGCUCCGUGGCGCAGAUCAACAGCCUUCAGCGAGAGUCUACUGUUUUCCCCGGAUAGCUACAAUCACAAUUCAUGGGUUGCGGAUAUCCACCUGCUCAGGUCGGAUCUAGGCCCGCUGCCAUACACCACCGUCUGGCUGGUCUCGGAGUUUCUGAUCCUCGUAGCCUUGCUCGUUUUCUUUCCGGGGGCUUGCACGAUCAAACAGUCUUCAUGCGGUGCAACGGCGCUGUUUCCGUCCCUGGCGGUGAUCGGGUCUCUCGUUUCCUACAUCCUCUCGCAGAUCCUCUCCGUCAUUCUCCUGCUUGUUUACUUUCUUGAAGCUACUGUAAAGCAAAGCUACGUGAUCGCGGGAAUCUUGCAGAUGAUAUUUCGGCUCCUUGCGCUGCUGCUGCUAUACUACGCAUUGUACCAGGUUAUUCUCGAAGCCCUCGAGCGCGUUUCCUUUCCGGCGGGGCUUUUCACCCUCGUUAAAAGAGGCCACCUGGGAGUUCUUGGUGUGCUUUCCAUAGUUAUUACUGCGAAUUUUGCCCUGCGGAUCGUGUCGGUUGGCAGGGCAGUGGAGGGCACCGAUGCCGGUAUAGUGGCCCAUGACAACCGACUGACUACAUCACGGGUCAUCCUCUUCAUGAUCAUCUCUUUGGAGGUAUUGCUCUGGGUGGUCUUUUACAUCUUCACAUCGUCCUCUAGCUCCGAAUUGCUGGACAGUCAAGCCCGAUCCAUCUCUCUCGUCACCUCUGCUCUCUCCUACCUCAUUCUCACUCUCACUUCGGCAAUCGGAACCAUUCGCUACGUGUACCUCCACGUCCCAGAGCCCGGAUACGUCAAUGCCGCCUGCGCACUGGUCGAAUUCUUCAGCAUAGUCGGCAUCUACACCGGUCUUACUAUUUACUGGAUUCAAAUCGAGAGAGACGAGGAAGCUAUCUCAAUACGUAAUCGUUUGCGUAGUCGACACUCCUCAGAAAGAAAGCCCUACAUCACCUAUCGGCCUUCCAUCGGAGAGGUCUUGAGUGGGCCGGGUUAUUCGAACAAGGUCGGAGGGACUGAUGGGACGUGGAAGGGGAGUUCGGAGGAGGCGUAUAUGUCGGGAGGUAUAUAG